AUGCCGGGCAAGCUCACCUCUCAAGAUAUCAUCGAUAGAGGCGAAUACCUCGAGCCAGACUUUGACCCGUCGACGCUCACCAUCGCGCAUCUCCAUGCCGUGCUCGCAAACCAUGAUGUCAAGCACCCGACAAACGCAAAGAAGCCGGGGCUAAUCAAGUUGUUCCAAGAAAACAUUGCUCCAAAUGCACGCAAGUACAAGAAGGAGAGAGAGAUGAUCGCAUCUAUACGCAGUGAUGGAAGCGACAUUUACGAUGUUGGCACCGGUUCGUUAAUCGAGUUUGUAUCGCAGGAGAGUCCUGUCCGGAAACGGGUCUCGCGAAAGUCUGCUGUAGAGUCCACAAAGCGCGUGCCGAGCACGAGUCCCGUUCGCAAGUCAAGAAAAUCUCUGGCUACGCCUAGAACUUCUACAAAGCCGGCCAAACCAGAAGAGGAUGUCACAGAGAGCGAGUCUGAACACAUGGCGUCUAGCAGAAACUCGGUCUUAGAAGAAGCUCGCAAACCUCGUCGAGUAUCUCAAAAGUGGGGCGCUGGAGAUGAAACCAGUCUAUGGGAAGACAGGAAUCCAUUUCAACGCAGUUCUCCCCCAGCACCCAAGCCACGAAAAUCCAGAGCAAGGGAAUCGCUGGCACCCAAAUUCCCUCCUUCAACAGACGAGAAUAUUUUCCCCGCUGCUGGGGAGCUCAAUCUGCCAAAAUUUCCGAUUAGUGGCCACAUAUCGUCUCAUGUAACGCCUAACAGGACACCAAUGAAGGAGUCCGUAGUGUCUGUAGGGUCUACUCCUUACAGUGCGACGUUAGAGAGCUCAACGCUAGAGGAAGAUUAUCCCUACGUUGAAGGGGACAGUCAAACGGAUCUUAUUCGACAAAAGAUUGCGGCCCUAGGAGAGGAUCAUGCUAAUGGGACGCUGGUAGCAAGAAGACCGACUACACCAGCUUCGACCUGGAGACAAUUUGUUCUGGCAUUGUUACUGGUCCUCGGAAGCAGCGUUCUAUGGGCGUAUAAGAAUGAUUCAGCCAUGAUAGGGUAUUGCGAUCCUGGAAGCGACACCAACAUUGUAUCGCGGCAACAUCUCCAAGAAGUUGCAGCUGCACAAGCAUGCAAGGAAGCGCUCGUCCGUCGUGCCGAACAAGGGACACCCGCAGAUCCGGAUAUGGAGUCUUGCCAGACCUAUUUGAUCCCUCGUGCGACCAAAUGCACACCCUGCCCACCUCAUGCAAUCUGCUCAAUCCACACCAUCACUUGCGAGCCUGCGUACAUGCUUCGCCGUAGCGCGCUAUCCUCGAUCCCGCUGAUGGACGCUUUACUAAAUGGCAUGCCCGGUUUGGGUCCCGUUGCCUUACCCGCACGAUGUGUAGCCGACGUGCGUAGGAGACAGACGGUGGGGAAGAUAGCAAAGAUGAUUGAGAACAAGCUCGCGGUCGUUCGUGGAGAGCGAGUUUGUGCCGGGGUGAAGUCUGGAGAAGGGGAUGUACAGGAAGCAGCUGCAUUUGGGGUCCCGAUUGAUGACUUGCGUGCAGGUAUCAACAGCAAGGUCGCUCAUGGAGAUCAAGCGAGAAUCAAUGACAUCUUUGACUCUGCAAUCCAAGAGCUCAAGCAGAGUGGAUUGAUCGUCUCGGUCAAGAACAUUAAUGGAAGAGAUCAGUAUGCCUCGAUUCGCUCCGAAUUGAGCUACGUGUGUCAGGCAAAGCUCAAGCUCAUUGCUACCUGGCAUACCUGGCAACGAAGUGUUAUUGGUUCUGUCCUUGCCCUCUUGAUGAUCAUGGCUGCUCGAUCCAACAUGGCCAAGAAGGCAGUGGAGAACCGCAAGGUCAAGGGACUUGUCAAGGAUGCAAUCGAGAGAGUGCGCGCUCAGGAGGCGUAUCACUACCUCGACUCUGUCAAGUAUCCAUCGCAGAGUCUCACGUCGCUGCAGCUGCGAGACGAACUGAUGCAAGACGAACAUUCGAUUGCGAAAAGAGCCCGGAUAUGGCACCAGGUGGAGAAGAUUGUGGAGGAGAACUCGAACAUCCGGUCAAAUAUGGAAGUGACUCCGAGUGGAGACGAAGGACGUGUGUGGACAUGGAUUGGCGCGGGGGGCGCGCGGUUCAUCGACGGCAACACCCCGAGCGGAAGACAGGUCAUCUGA